AUGCGCUCACCCACGCCCUUCACAGGGAACUUUUUCACACCCCAACUGCUUCCCUUUCAACUCGAAGAGAUUCCCGCCAUCGACCCUGCUGGUGGGUCAUCGUUCGAUCCAAAUAGCCCUUACACCGACAUCCAGGGCCCAUACGGUGGUCAGUGGACUAACGCUUUCGAGGACGACAGUCACUUGUUUGAACCAACACCGUCUCGCUCUGGAGCUACGACUGAUCCACUAUUGGCAGAGAACCCUGGUUUCGGUACAACUCAAACGCCGAAUAACAGCUGUCACUUCGACGAUAAUGCACAAGACUUCCGUCAGACUGAGAAAAUAAGCUUUAUGAGCCCGAAUGCAACUUCCGACAACGAGUACAGCUUUCAAAGACAUGUUGCUCAGCAACAAGCACCUAUAGCUACCAUUAACCCUGCUGUUUUGAAUCGAUCGUGCGGACGUAACGUGACUGAAGUUCAUUUGCAGCUUUUCCGGGAUUUGAUCAAUGAGGAUGUAUACGCUCCCACAGGUGCAGAAGGCGAUGAAUCAAUUGAGCUUGGAGGUUCUCAACAGACGUCGGAAUAUCUAGGCCCUCACAACGUCGGUAACGGCUAUGGAUCCUCUGAGCUUUUGGCUCAGCCCGAUGUACCUGGCGGAGUAUCCGGUAGGCAAGAGAUCGAAGGCAGCGUUGUUCAUGCAGCGUCAGUCAAGAGACAAACACACCACGGGAUGCCGAAUGUUGGGCAAACCAAAGUCAAGUCGGUCAUGAAGUUCACUCGCAGGACUAAGUCAAGGUACCCGGAAAUCAUGAAAGUAAUGAAGAGGCUGCAAGACGCCUCCGAAGUGCUCAACGAACGGAACGAUAUCGAGCCAGCCAUAUACCCGAAUCCUCCCGCUGCGAGCGGAUUACAUUUCAGUAGCGCUCAGGCAGCGUCAGUGGUCAAUAAGAUCGUCUAUUGGGAGCCGCCAGCGAACGAUACUACAAUUCCCACCACACAGUCUGAGAGGGAGGCAUGGGUUGUGAAACUCCUGACCAGCAUUCGAAACAACCAAGGCUGCCUGAAGACAAAUGAGAAACAGGAUAGCCAGUCCUUUCUCAGACGCUGGGCGCCUGGUGCCACAUUCUACACGGCCACGACAUUGGAAGCUGUGGCUUGGCAGGUGCUCGUGUCCAAGUCCACAUGCGAAGAUCUCAUCAAGGGCAACCGCCUUGUUGAAAUCGUCGGAUGUCCACAUGUCGUCUUCGAGCGGAUUCACGGCAACAACAAGUCCAACAAAGACAAGUCUGGAAAGCUUAGCGAGCACAUGACACAUAAGAAGAGGAUUUCGAGGAGUAAGGAUGCUUCAGAGAGUGAUCCAUUGAACAAAGAUGCACUCAAGGAUAGUGUGUCAAAGAAAGGUAUUCUGAAGCGCAAGCGCGUUGAAACAUCGGACAACGACAGCGAUGCCAGGUCUUCCCCACCAACCAAAAAGAUUCGAGAUCUAAACGCUACUACGCGCACAGUCGUUCCCACUCGCUCGUCCGCACGCCAGAAGGCCAGAAAGAUAUCUACUGCAUGA